AUGUCUGACAACGAUAGCUUUGCGUCUGACCCCGGAGAGGAACCUGAGUAUGAGGUCGAACGUAUCCUCAAGCAGUCCACCUUCGAAGGGAGGACCGUGUACCUGGUCAAAUGGCUCAACUUUGGCGACGAACAGUGCACGUGGGAGCCAGCGGAGAGCUUUUUGACCCCCUCGACGCUUGCUGAUUGGGAACAACAGCUCGCGAAACAUGACACUUUGGACGAAGAUGAAGUUGCUCGAGUCCAGGCGCGCAUGGACGCGUUUCAGCUAGCCCAGGAGCAAAAGAGACUUGCGAGAGAGCAAAAAUUGGCAGAAAAACCCAGGACGAAGCGACUCUGGGAGGAAUCAAUGAGACGACCACACGAUCCUUCUUUAACACCGAAGCGUCCACGUUCAGACCAGCACAUGUCGCCGAAAAAGGGUAUUGCUCAAGUGAAAUCCCAUGGACAUGCAAACUCCGCCUCAGCUGCUUCGAAGAAUCUGACAAGCAGCGUCGAUAGCCCCAUUUCUAGAAGCGCCGAAGCCAUCUCUACUCUGUCGUCGUCCUUGCCAAAAGUCACAAAGAAAACGGACAAUGUUGCUCAGACGUCGAAGAAUAGCGCCUCUGGAGUUAUUACAAAUCACACAAAUGUGCCACGAGAGUCGGAUAACGUCGGCGUUGCACCGCGGCCGCGAAAGCUGAGUAUGAGCGAAAAUGCAGCCACGGCAAGCCACCUGAAGGACAAGACGGGACAGCGGUUCAGGAACUUGAGUCAUCAAAACAACUUCGUGAAAAAGGCUCGUCGAGAACCUCCGCCUGACAUGUCGAAACUCGACCUGAAGUCACCCGAUGAAUGGGUUAAUCAGACUCAGUUUGCUCGUCAGGAUACAUCACAAAGGGAUGCAGGCAAAGACUCUCCACUGUUUGUGCCAGAAGAUUCCCAAACAAAUCGACUGUCAAUACAAGAUGCACAUGACCCAGUCGACACUCUCGGCAGCCCCAAAGAUGAAGGGCCACAACGAGACGUCACCACCAAGGCCCGUGAUACAGUUGCAGAGGAGCGCCAGUCGACCGCUGCGAAUGAUGCUUGGAACAUAGACGCACCCACCCAACAUCCGCAAAGACAAGCAUUGGAUGACACCACUAGCCUUCGCAAUUCAUUGGCAUCAGGGCCCACAGAGAAGCAAACUGGAGCUGCGAGACCGCUACUUGCACGAACAGUAUCUCAUGGUCCCCUCGCUCCAACAGCACCACAACUUCCACCUCUAGACACACCGGGGCCUGGUAGAAGAGUGUCUGCUAAUGCAGUUCUGUCUGCAGCAUCAGAGAGAUCAGAAGUCGACAGACGGCCGCUUCCAAACAGUGAGCCUCACAAGGCAAGCAAGUCCGAUGUGCCUGCGCGGGCAGAGACGGCUUUACACCAGCCGGGUCUAGACAAGCACAUUUCUAGGCGACCUUCUGCCAAGCCCCCGUUCACGGGAGACGAGAUCCAUACUGCCUCCAAUGGCCGCACCUUUAGAAAAGGAGAGGUCAUUAUCAACCUAAAAUUUGGAGAUCACGUGGUAGGAGAUGUGAGAUUUGUCUGCUUGCCCUGGUGGACUAGUGGGAAGAUAAUUCACCUCAAGGAUCCGCACGCAAGGUCAAUUCAACUUCACUUUGAGCAGAGGCUCGUAAUGGAUGUUGAUGGGUUUUCAUUUUUAUCGCAGAACAUCGAUAGGCGCCGACAUGGCGUAGGAGCAAUCGAGCCUUACGAAGAUACACAAGCGGCCGCUGACAGUCUAACUCAAUACCUCGAGGAAAACAACCUUGGUGCUGUAUGGGAGUAUCCUGGAGACACUCUUCUGCUAGUGCUCUUCUCGCCUCAAGCACAGGGAUGGCAGCAUCUGGAGCAGGCUCCGCCUCCUAACUCCAAGUCUCGCUUGCAUCUUGCUGUUCUGAACAAGUUUCCAGGGGUGUCUUUGCAAAAACUAGGAAUGGCAGACGCGCAGCCGUUGUCGUACAACCAAAAUACGGGCCAAGCAAUUCGGUCCCAGACUGAUCUCUCGCGACCGCAUCUGCCAUUGCCUUCUCCAGAGCAAGCCUCUACCUAUGCACAGAGUCCUACUGAACUGCCAACGCCGAUAUUAGGCUCAUCAUCGCCUAGGAAAGACCGAGUGACCCCUGUUCACACUCCAAAGUCUCCCCAUAGGCAGGACUUGAUACCGUUCAAUGAUGCCAUGGAUUGGACGCCUUUCUCUCCCGCUGGAGAGUCUCGGAUAUUGUUCCCGGCAAAUUUUGACGCGAUGAUUUUCGGGCCAGAUCGGACACAAAAGAGGCCGCGUGUAUUCAUCGCAUUCGCGAACUCUUACCCAGCAGACGCCAAGGCUCUGGAGGAAUGGCUAUCCCAGCACAUGAGGUCUCGUCAGAUCUAUGCUGACAGCGGAGAGAGCGACUGGACUGACUUCAAAGGCGAAAUUGGGGACCAACCAGGCGUUAUCAUCUUCCACGAGCGGUACCCCUGUUAUUGCGACAUGCCUAGUUUAUACAAAUACCUUCGAUCGGCAUCUCUGUCUUGUUUCAAAUUGUCAUUCGGAGAGUCGAGCGAGCACCGGUCCGACCGGAGAUCUGCCCUCACCAGACUCUUCCCUCGUGGCACAGUUCUGUGCAUCACCGAGGACUCGAUGAAGAACCAUUCAGAAGGAGCGUUGUUGGCCAUGAAAUGGUUCGAAGACGCCUCGACCGGCAAAGCGCAGUUCUGGAAACUGGUACUUUUGCCGGAUUUCUUGUCCUGGAUCUUGCGUCGGAUUGACGUGGUCGAGCACGAGGUUCAGCAGAGAUAUAUCGGCAUGCUCGAAAUCUCGUACAGGCUGCGUGCGCGCUCGUCCGAAGAGUCGUCCACCAAGAGGCGCCACCAUGAGGACCCCGAGAAAUUCAUCAAAGAUCAUCCUGCGAGCGAGGACGAGGAACUCGUCGUGUCACCUAAAGGCUUGCCGGCGUACGUCGUCCCAUGGGACAAGGCUGACAUGAGUGCCGACGCCGUAGACGCACGGGAUAAGGCUCUUGUCGAAUAUUUUGUCGGUUGGUCGGCCAUGAAUGCCACGAAGCAUCGGUUGUUCACGGUCGUGGACACGAAUCGCACCAACAAAACCGAGAACCAUUCCUCGCAUAUUUGGUUCAGAGAGCCUGCUUCGUUCAAGCCAAAAGAGAGCAAGUGA